UUGCGGGGGCACACUUCUCACAUUAACUCGGUCUCAUUCUCGCCGGACGGCACUCGCAUCGUCACUGGUUCGAGGGAUCACACUGUCCGGCUGUGGAAUGUAGUGACGAGCCGGCCGUUGCAACAGUGCGCCGUGUCAGACUCGGAUCCUUCAGCAUUUUUAGAUGAACAUCGCACAAUCGAGGCCACAGCUGCCAUGCCAUUGAAUACUUGGAACAAUCACCUCAUUUCCUUCUCAUCCAACUCCAUCCAUGCGCUGCGCAACCCUUCUGAGUUAACGGAGGGAGCAUCCCAUGACGACCGCAGUUCAACCUCCAUUUUCCUGAAUAGUGACAGUGGAUGGGUUGUAGGACCCAAACAUCGGCUGUUAUUCUGGGUACCACCUGCUUCCCGACAUCGAUUUUAUAGCCCCGGCACUUUAUUAGUGAUGCCCAGAGGAGGUCCUGAGCUUGAUUUGAGCUGCAUGGCACAUGGACAACGCUGGCAAAAGUGCCGAGAGGAACCUUAGUACCGAGGAUGACCGCAGCAAUGCAUCCAUUAUGGAGAUUUCAGAUACGAUUUAAAUGUAACCGAG